GCAAAAUAAUUUCUUCACUUUGUUCGGCCAUAUUGCUGCCCUGCGUCCACUUGCGUGCGUUCAAUCAUUGGAUUCAUAAGUUGCAGCCGUCUUCUGUUAAUUUCUUUUCGACUUUUACUCUUCAAACAAAUUCUUCUAUAAUGGGUGAUCGGAAGAAUCCCAUUAUGUUUGGUCCGGAAUGGCUUAGAAAUAUAUCGAGUAACCCUGAAGGUGCCGGUUCAUCAAAUCAAAAUAAUCAGUCAGGAAUAGCUGGCAACGGGCCCAGCUCGGGCGGUCCAGCCGCCGGCACAGGCGCUUCUGCCAGCGCCACUCCUAGCAGUGGCGCCACAGCGGCCCCUACCAGCCGUGCGCCUACACCAGGCACCAGUACAUCCACAUCCACAUCUUCAUCAGCGGCUGCGUCUACAUCCACGGCUGCAGCUGCCUCUACAUCAAACUCUACAGGAUCAACGCCAAAAGUCCGCUUGGCCAAGCUUCGAUAUGGCAGAGAAGAAAUGUUAUCUAUGUAUGACAGAACCCUAGAGGCUCCACAAGAAUUAAAACAUAACGAAUUUCUUUAUCAAAUACGCGGGAAAACGCCAUUGGCUCUACAUAGCACCACAUUUCAAGAAGACGGACCCAUAAAUAUGAGAAGCGGUCCGCCUCCCGGUCACCACGGCCCAGGAAAUGAUAGGUACAAUCAGAACCGUGGAGGGCCCCGAGGUGUGCCUAUGGUGGACAACAGGGGUAGACCUCGUAUGCCCUUUAUUCGUCAUACGUCGUCUGGAAGGGGCCCAUGGUAUUCGGGGACCUCGAGGGCACCUGGGAGAGAACCAUUCACCAAUCCAGACGAGGAUAACGCUUCUCAACGUCCAUGGAGUUCAAGUAAUGGUGGCAAUUACUCCGGCAGAAAUGUAAACGAUCAAGCAGACUGGAACAAACAGUACAGGAAUAAACGGCAUGGUCACAACACUAAUUGGAGACAAGCUCGCGAGGAAAAUGAGGGGUGGAGGUCAUCCGACACGGGCCGGCCCCGAAACCAUAACGACAGGUGGAGUGAGCACCCCCAUCGAGUACCAGGAGAGCGAGAUUGGGGGGAAAAACCUUUGGAUAAAUCCCAGGAGAAAUGGAAUUCGAAUCGUCGGCCAUGGCUAGGUGGCGACCAGCAGAACGACGAUUUGCCUGAGUGGGCCAUGGAAAAUGAUGAAGCAUGUGGAGGUACCUUUGAUUCUACGGGAGCCUUUCAUGGUUACAGCAAUGAUGAUACUAAUCUGCCUAAACCACAAGAUAAUUCCCACUCUCUUAGACGGUCCCGCACGCAUGGUAAUAUUCCUCGGUCAAAACCACCAGUGGAAGAAGGCUCUGAAGAAUGGUGGGCUUCAGAUAAGGCAAAGAAACUGUCCACAAAGAAAUUUGAUGCUAGCGACAUAAAAUUUAAUAAAAAGCCAGCAACACCUGGAAUGGAGCCCAUACCAUCCACAUCAAAUGCAAGGACCCCACCCAGGGAAGAUCCACAAACAUCAGCUGCGUCAGAGAAAGUGGAGACCUCAUCAUCAGAUAUGUCAAACAAUGAAAAUACGAUACCUGAGGAAGAAAAAUUCAGAAAGCGUAAAUUAAAAGUGGAAUUCAAGGAUAGUAAGACUUUUGAUUCAAUGGCUCGAUCUGAUAUUAAUGUGGAAGAAGUUACAGAGGAACCUGGUAACUUCCAAUCUGUUAUGAUUACGGCAAACAAUAUUCUGCGCCAGAAACACCAAAAUUUAGUACCAGUGGUUCCAGAUGGAUUAACUAAUAUGGGAACACAUAGGUCACCAAUGAUGUUGAAUUUAAUGUCAUUGCCCAGUGGAAGUAGCUUCACUGAUAGUGAAUAUGAAAUGCGCAAUCAGCUGGUAAUGCCAGAGGAUAAGAUAGUUGAAGAAUUAUUUGACAUGACUUUAGAGGACAAGGAUCCGAUGAAUAUUCCAAAGAUGUCUACUGCUGGUGCGAUAAUGCACUCGUCAGGUGCUGCCAUGGCUCCUGGAAUGGUAGUAAUCACAUCAAUGGCUCAAAUGGGAAAUUCCCAUAUGCAAAUGAGAAUGACUAGUCCCGUACAUACCAACCAAGGUUUGGCAAUGAAUAAGUCUAUGCUGGCUUCUCCUAUGCCUGGAAUGGCAAUGUCUAGUAUGCAGCAAGUCGGUAUACCAAACUCAGCCCUAUCCGCAUCAUUGGGUUUGGCAAUUCCAUCCUCGGGUUCAAAUAUAGGUAUGCAACUACAAGGAGUACCACCACCUAUGCUAUCAAAUUCGAAUAUUAACAAUACAAACAUGGGUGCAGGUAUGCUAUCUGCAGGAAUGGGAGGUAUGCAACCCGGUGGUCCAGGAAUGGGCGGGGGUAUGCAACCUGGUGGUCCAGGAAUGGGCGGAGGUAUGCAACCCGGUGGUCCAGGAAUGGGCGGAGGUAUGCAACCCGGUGGUCCAGGAAUGGGCGGGGGUAUGCAACCCGGUGGUCCAGGAAUGGGCGGGGGUAUGCAACCCGGUGGUCCAGGAAUGGGUGGGGGUAUGCAACCCGGUGGUUCAGGAAUGGGAGGAGGUAUGCAACCCGGUGGUUCAGGAAUGGGAGGAGGUAUGCAACCCGGGGGUUCAGGAAUGGGAGGAGGUAUGCAACCUGGUGGUUCAGGAAUGGGAGGAGGUAUGCAACCCGGUGGUUCAGGAAUGGGAGGAGGUAUGCAACCCGGUGGUCCAGGAAUGGGAGCGGGUAUGCAACCAGGUGGCCCAGGAAUGGGAGGCGGUAUGCAACCUGGUGGUCCAGGAAUUGGAGGGGGUAUGCAACCCAGCGGACCAGGAAUGGGAGGGGGUAUGCAACCCAGCGGACAAGGAAUGGGUGGAGGUAUGCAACCCAGCGGACCAGGAAUGGGAGCGGGUAUGCAGCCCAACAGUCCAGGAAUGGGGGCGGGCAUGCAGCCUAGCGGUCCAGGAAUGGGAGCGGGUAUGCAGCCCAGCGGUCCAGGAAUGGGCGGUUUUCCAUCAGGUGGCGGUCUAUCAGGAAUGGGCAAUCAGUCACUUAAUCUCGCCAAUAAUUCUCUAUUCUUGAAUCAAAAUACUAACCCGCCACCAUCUGGGAUGCAGAACCUUCCCGGCCAAAACAAUCUGUUUCCAAUGCAUGGUCUGCAGCACUCGUCAUCACAAUCGUUUGGCAAUUCAAUGUAUGGGAACAUGAUGCAACAAAUGCCACCACAGGGACAACCUAGUUCACAAAACUUAGUGGACCAGUGGUUUUACGAGGAUCCUAAGAAAAUAAUUCAAGGUCCUUUCACAUCAAAGGAGAUGUACAGUUGGUAUAAGGCUGGAUUUUUCCCACCUAACUUAAUGGUUCGGCGCGCUUAUGAAACACACUUGCGUCCAUUAGCCAGCUACGGUCCAAUUGUACCGUUUGCUCAAAUGGACCUAAUGCCUCCAUUCCCCAUGAAUAGUCCAUUUGAGUCGCGACCCCAGGGACCGCAUGAUUCUAUAAUGAAUACUCCACUUGGAUUGGAUUCGGUGGUCAAUGUAACAAGACCAUUGGAUUUGCAUUUUGGACCCAUCGAAGUUAUGAAUCCACCACCACAUAUGGUGGAAUCACUAUGGAGCCAGCCCAGCACUGCUCCGGACAUGAUGUGGAUGCAACAAGCUAUUAAUAACAAUAACGAAUCACGCGUCAACUCUCUCAUGUAUUUCUGGGACCAGCAGCCCAACGCUGUUGCAUCAAACUCGUUGAUUCCCGAGGAUAUCGUCAAAGAAAUGAAGACGGAAGACGAGAUCCUGGCUCAGAUUCGUGGAACGCAGAACAUGAGCUCGCAGCCAAACAUUUCGUUCAUCAACGAUCAGCCGUUACCAACGCUGACAUCCACGAAUCCUUUUCCCGCUACGGAGAGCGCAACGCCUAAUCUGGAAGAGCUGCAAAAGCUGAUGUACGAUAAAGAUACAUUAAUCAAACCCGCUGUUGUGGAGAACAUCGUGCCAAAAGAAAUGCCGGUUCCUCCAAAACCUGAAAAGCCUGCCAAGGUGGAUCCACCCGCUGCUGAACCUGUCGCCAAACCGCAGCCAACCCAAAGCAAACCGGCCGCUGAGGCCAAACCGAAACAAGCCAAAAACGAUUCUGAAAGGGCUAAGAAUAAAGAUAACGCCACUAAAAGCAAAGUGAAGAAGUCCAAAGAAGAAAAGAAAGAGGAUUGUGAUAUUAGGAAAGAGGAAGACACUGUGAAAAUUGAGAAAAGAUCGGAGGAGCGAUCGCCUAACAAAAACAAAAAAGAAGAAAAAUUAAAUAAAAAGGAUCUAGAAAAGGAGAAAAAGGAGUGGAUCAUGGAUGGGUUUACACUGGUCAAGGGAUCAGAAAAAUCACACAACAAGGAUAAAAAGAAGGCUGAAGAGGCGAAAGCAGUCGAUGAGACUGAGCGUAAAAAGAAAGAAGAUGACAAGACAGGUGAGGAAGAAUUAAAAAAAAAGAGGAACGCUGAUGCUCACAAGAAACAACAGGAACAACAGCAUCAACGUCAAGCAGCGGAGCCUGUGAUAAAGAAGGCACCGUGGUCAUCGGUAGCCAACCAGAACAUGCAGGCCAUCAACAGGGAUGGACCUACGUUGGCCGAAAUCCAGCGCCUGGAACGAGAAAAGAAGUUGGAGCAAAUGAAAGAGCAACAACAUAUGAUGCAAAUUAUUGCACAGCAACAGGCCGCACAACUCGCAAGGGAACAGGAAAUGCAGGCUGGUCUAGGUUGGGCUAAAAAGAAAGGCAACAACUUAAACGUCCCUGGACCAAGCUUCGUUGAGAUUCAGGCUGAGGCCCGCAAACGCACUGUGGCGGCGGCGGCUAUUCAUGCCCAAGCUCUAGAAAAUGCUCAAAUCGCGGCUGCUCAGGUGCAGGCUGCGGCUAACCAUGUGCCCUGGGGCAAUCCCCAGAACGGAGGUUUUUGGGAUACCCAGCCCAAUGCACAACCGAAAGCAGUGGAGAAACCCCAAGAAGCUCCAAAAGUAGAGCCACCCAAGAUAAAAAAAAAAACGACUAUCGUUAUUCCACCAAAGAAAGAGAUAACGCCAGCUGCUGAAUUCGAGACUUGGUGCACUGGUGUGCUGUCUUCGUGGAACACCAAUGUUGAUGUGCCGACCUUCGUUAGCUUCCUGAAAGAUAUCGAGUCACCAUACGAGGUCAAGGACUACGUGAAAUACUAUUUAGGCGAGACAAAGGACGCUAAUGAUUUUGCUCGGCAGUUUCUUGAGCGUAGGUCUAAAUUACUGCGCGUUGGCAUGGUGACGCCCUCGGACGACCUCUGCUCUCCGGCCAUUGCGGUCAACCCUCGCACAAUAUCUGGAUCUGAUUAUCAGGAGGUUAAGGGCAAGGGGAAAAAAUCCAAAAAAAAUAAGAUGCUGAAAGUGGACGCACGUAUACUGGGUUUCUCUGUAACAGCUUCCGAGGACCGCAUCAAUGUCGGCGACAUUGACACCGCGUGAAUUGUCAACGUAUCAUGUCCAUUGUAACUCGCCUUGUGAUAAGCUAUCGCAUUAAUGUAUAUUGGUGAGUGACCAACAAAACUACCUGGACACAUUUCAUUAUAUUAUUUGAACCUCUUAGUAAGCCAGCGCUCACACAUAGCUUCAAGCAGCCAAAUACCUACAAAACCGUUUAAGGCACGGGUAUUUAAGUUUUGAUAAUAUGUUUAAAGUUUGAACAUUAGCGCAAAGUUUACAGCUGUGAGGGCAUGUUUGCAAAGCAUGUCUGCUUGCGCUAACGUUUAAAUAUUUAUUGACAGGCCUACGAAUACAUGUUCAAAUGUUUGAAGCUAUGUCCAGCUCCAGGGUGAUGCAAACGGUUCAUAAGUGUUCACCGUUUUUGUUGUUAACUAUACCUCUUACGUCUAUAUCAUUAGGACUCUUGACGCCUUGUAGGCACUCGCGCUUCACCUUCGACUCCCAUGGUAUCCAUCGGUGUGUUCAGCUUCCGAGCGGAGUCAUCCUCCCUAGCUUACUCCAAUUAGACCGAUAUUAAAAUGAACGUAGUAGACUAGCUCGGCAGGAAAACGGCGCGACGUAAUCUACCAACAAACGGCGUAAUAACGAUAAAUACCCGUUUUUAUUAAUUGUUGUAUAGAAGUGUAAAUGGAAGUGAAAGUUAAUGGUUAGUAUUAUUAGAGCGUGCACGUACGUCGAUACGAAUGAUAUUGUCAGCUAGUGCAUGAUAAAGUGACAACAAUUAUUGUGCCUUCAGUGUGUUCUGGCCGUUGGGUGGAGUGUCCUCUUUUAAGUCUUUAUUUUAUAUUUAUAAACGUGUAUGCCUUUUGGAUUGUAUGUUUACAUCGUAUUUCUGUAUCCUAUAUCUAUUUUCUCUGAAUUUGAAAACAUAAAAGUAUCUGAAACAAUACAUUGAUAAUACCAACAUUUGCGACAAGUAGACUCUGAAUACGAACCGUUUAAAUGUCUAGUCACAUACGAAUGAAUUCAUCGUCGGGUUCCGAACAUAUAGUAAACGUUUCUCCCGGAUUUGAUUCACUUAUCGUGCACAUUUUAAUGUGGACACGAUUGUUUUACGUAUAUGUAGGAAAAAUAUAUGUUUAAAAUUAUAGAUUAAUGUCGCAGGUUUUACCAUUUUAUGAUAACAUAAAUUAUAGCGUAAUAAUGUACCUUUUUGCUCAUUGUAACUGAAUGUUGUGAUUCACAUUAGAUAUAUUAUGAAAUUAAUCCAUUGUGCAGUUGAAAGUAAGCCGGAUUGGACUUUAACUUAGACCACUUACGGUCAGUAUUUAUAGCUUUUGUCCACCUGAACCCCUAGGCACUAGGUGCUCUCCAUUUGUAGGCGUAAUUAUUGUAUUUAUGGAUCAUAACAAGAUUACUGAUUUAUAUAAAACUUCAGUAACACUUCAAUGUGGAAUUAAAUAGUGAAUCUGUAACUGUUUGUGACGUAGAUAUAUUCUCUCUAUAUAUACAUAUAUCCGACGUAAUCGGUUAUUUUAUUGUUGCACUUGUUUUAUCGCUUCGCGCCGUUAAUUUUUCAUUUAUAGAUAUUUCAAUAAUUUAUAUUUUAUAUUCAAUUUCCAGUGUUAAUUAAAGCAGUGGUUUUGUCUGCCUUUUUUUAAUUAUGUAGGUAGAGAAAUAAUAAAUGUUGAUUUGUAUUUAUUGAAUAACUUAUUUAUUGCGCAAGCCAAUUUUAAUGUAUUUGACAUUUUAAAUAGAUAAUUAUUGUCAAUCUGUAUAAUCUUGUUAUUUAAGUGUUUUAACCAAUAGAUAAACAAAUAUAUAAAUGCUUAUUUAUUUCAAUUACAUAUAAUAUAAUAGAUUCAUGGGAAUUAUGCAAUACACGUAUGUAGUUACACAUCUUCCAUUCUAAUGACUUGCCAGUUCAAUGAAUUUAUAUUUAUACUUAUUUAUUACGAUGAACAUUACACUGCAAUUAUUUACUAGUUCUCUGAAGUUUCAUAAUAAUGUAGCAUCACAAUGAAACAUGCAAGAUAUGGUAACUUUUAUAAUUAUCAGUUGAAAGCCACGACACUACGACUCUGUCGUAAUUAUAAAAGUGCCCGACAGACAUCUAUACGUAUAAUUUAGAAUUAUGCAUUAUUAUAUGUAUUUUAAUUAAAGACAAUAUUUAAAAGUGAGUUGAUCCUUGUGGCUUAAUGUUAUUGUUCCAUUUCCACGUGAUCGUUUUUAAAUGCAUACAACAUUUAUAGAUUAUCACAAUCGUUAUAAUAAUUGAUAUUAAAAAUGUUUUUGUAAUUUUUAACUUUAUAAUUUUGCCUAAGGACUUUGUUAGUGUUUAUGUAUAUAUUAUUAUAACGUUUCAAACUAUUGUAUAAUCAUUUGUAUAUACCUUAUUUCUAAUGAAUAUUUUUAAUACAACUUUAGGCUCUGUUUACACGUAGGUCAAUGUCAGGGAUUAAAAGUGAUUGAUGAAACACCCACGGACAGGUUUUGCGAGUAUGGCUCUUUUGUGAAGUUUGACCGUGAACAGUUUUUACUAAAACCUUUUCUAAUCGCUCUAUAAUUGUGUGUACGGCAAAUUGAAUGUUAUACUGUGUAAUAUUUACUAUUAGGAUAAACGAGUAUAUCGACAAUGUGUUUUAGAUGUUAUAGUACUUACCGGUCUAUAGUGUACUUGAUUGUAACUGUCGCAACAUCUGUAUACAUGUACCGUGAAUGAUUUGUUUUAGAAUUGUUAUUUUGUGAUUAAGCGAAACACCUUGUCUUCUACUCAAAUUAUUUAACAGAAUUAAGCGAGAUUAGGUAAAUAUUUAAAAUAUAUAAUUAUACUUUAAAAUAUUGAAUAAAAUUCAUAGUAAUUGACGAAAUUUAUAUUAUAAAACUACCCCGACUGCCUUCUACUAUGCUAAUUAAUAACUCUCGCAUAUUGGCUAUGGCUUAGCUCGUGAAAUGCUAGCGACAAUAAGCUUUUUUGUAAUUAUAUACGUAUUAUGUAACGGAAAGGAACUUAUUCGACAUGUAUUCUUUUAUACUUAUUUUUUUGACUCGGUAAAUUAUUCGAAUGUGAGGCAACGUUAUUUGAUUUGAGAUGGAUUAACCCCAAAACCCUCUAAAGGACUCUCGGCGCUCUUAUCGCCGUCACACUAAUUAUUAGAGAUUUUCGAACAUUCGAAUUAUAUGUUGUUACUUUUGCCUAUUCUAAUAAUAACUCCAUUGCGUGCAAAAACAUAUGUCAUUUUUAAACAAUUUGAAUAAAGAAUAUUA